UGAAACUUAGAUGAAAUUAAGGACCAAAACAUGUGGGCGCAAGAGUCUGCUAGAUAAGAGGUUAAAUUUUAAUUCAAAUGAGAAGACACUGGAUUCUGAAGAACGAGGAAGGAACAGAUUCAGCUCAGCAUCAAAAGACUACCGGGUGAUUACCACAGCUAAUUCGAUCAAGAGGGGUAUUGAAAUGACUUUACCUCGCAACAAGAAGAAUUCUAAAAGACUCAGCAGAGGGAAGAUGUAUAAGAAAAGCUACCUCGAGGAUAUUCCCAAGCGACUAGAGACCAAGCUAGGCAAGGUGAGCACCAACUAUAAAACUUCUUUACUUGAAGGGUCACCAUUUGGAACUCCGGUGAAGUCUGACCAGUCUUCAAAGAAACAAAAGCCCAACCAUUUAGACUCUUCCAAAGAGAUCGAAAUGGGACUCGAUCUUGACGAGUUCUCACUAGCCAGUGAUCGAGGAUAUUUCGAUGAGUCUUCUAAGGGGCUUGACUCAAGCCAGACUCCUCAAGCCCAAAUUAGGUUUAGCAAUGUCUACGAGGAUGCUUGAGCUAAUGCAAUUAAAGACUUGAACAUUUGAUUUACACAAUUUGGAGCUUCUAAAAAUGUGUUUAAUAAGGAGACGAACAGAAAAGUUGAAAAGAAGAAGAGUGUCCGAUUUGUCACCCAGAAACCUCAGAGGAGGCUCACUUGAGAGAACAAAGCUGCCAAUCAGCUUAUAUUAAGCAAGAAAGGGUUUGCUAAAGAGGAUUAUGACCCUGAAUUCGCUGAAUGCUGUAAUUUUUGAUAA